GACGACAUGUGGAAGGUCAAACCUCUGGUUGCCUCUCCUGUGGAGACGAGAUACCGGCCAAUUUUGGAGAAUUUGGUCCCCCCUGACCCCAUGUCCCAUUUCCACCUGAAGAGAGGUUCUCCAGAUGAGGAGUUUCCCGACCUCUGCAGGAACUCUACCUGGAUGGGAAAGAUCCUCACACGUGCCAUGUAUCGCCGACAGUUCCACCGCUGCACCCCCAGUGGAGUCAUCUUUGAUGAUGUCAUCCGCCCGGGCCUUGAGGAACCAGGUGACUGGUCCACUCCUGUAACUGUGGGCUGUGUCGCGGGCGACGCUCAGUCCUACGUCCUGUUCUGUGAUUUCUUCGACCGAGUCAUCGAGGCACAUCACGGACACAAGUUCACCAGCCAGACGCCAGAGGACGACUUCAACUACGACAACUUGAAGGGAGGUGACGACUUGGACAGGUCAUACGCUGCAUGCUGUGAGGUGAGUGUUGUUCGAGGCGUUGAAGACUUCUGCUUCCCGACACACUGCAGCCGAGGAGAGCGCAGACAGCUCCUCACACUGGCCAGCAGAGCUCUGCAGCGGCUGGAGGAGGAGCAGCUGCCGGGUCGACUCCUCUUACUGGAGGAGCUGAACCAGGAGCAGCAGAGGGAGCUGAACCUGAACACUCCUUCCUCCUUCCAGCUCCGUAUUGGCUUGGCCCGGGACUGGCCUGACGCCAGGGCGGUCUGGGUGAGUGAAGAUGGCAGCUUGGUGGUCUGGGUCAACAUGGAGGACCACCUCAGACUUGUGUCUACACGAGAUGAUGCCAAUAUCACUGAGGUCUUUAAAUGCAUCUGCAUCAAUCUGCAGAAGCUGGAGGAGUUCUACAGACGGCUCAGACACCCGUUCACCUGGAAGCAGCAGCUGGGGUGGGUGAGCAGCUCUCCAGCCGACGUGGGGACAGGUCUGAGGAUCAGAGUCCACCUCAGACUGCAGCACCUCCCCAGACACAAACGGCUGCAGGACGUCCUGAAGAGACUGAGGGUCUGCAUGGACGCUACAGAAUCCCCGGCGCUGUAUUGUGUGAGCAAUGUGGCGACCUUUGGCCUGAGCGAGGUCAGCCUGACCCAGCUGGUGGUGGACGGGGUCAAACUGCUCGUCGCCAUGGAGAAGAGGCUGGAGGGCGGCCGAGAUAUCGAUGAGCUUGUUCCCACGCAGAAGUAGAUCUGGAUGGUGACUGGCUGGAGCGAGGAGAGCGGAUGAACCGACCGAUCAGAUGGAAGCGUUUAACAGACACUGACACUAUAAAUUUGAAAAGAAACCAUUCAGAGUGGUUGGUGUUUUCUGCCUGAACUUAACAGCUUGAAGAGUUACAGUGUGAUGAUUUCAAUGUCUUCGUCCUCGUCAAACUAACAGAUCGUUUUAAAUAAUCACUUAUUGAUAUUCAGUUUUAUUAGAUACUGUGAUGAAAUGAUCACAUCUAGUCUUUGUUGUUAACAAUAAUCAUUUAACACAAAAUAAUCUGUAACUGACAUGUUCACUGUCAUCAAUAUGAUGAUCUUACAUGUGUUUUGCAUAGACUGUCCUUACACUGGAACACAGUUAUUAUGUGCUAAUUAAAGGAAACUUGCAAAACAA